AUGGCUCGGGCGGCCGGGCGGAAGGUGAGCGGCGCUCAGUGGAAAGUCAAGGAGGAGGCGGCUUGGGGUUGGGGCCCCAAGGACGGCCCGGAGAACCCUCAGCGGCAGCGUGUGCAGGAGGAUCGAUGUGUGGGUCUCAUCACCGAAUGGCGUGGCUACAUGGGUUGGAUCGCGCCGAUCGCGCCUUUUUCCAUUGACCAUGACCAGGCCUCCAAGCACUGGGGUUUGAUCUACGUCACCAAGCAAGACCUGGCGGUCUUGCCUGGCGCCCACCUGCCAUGGAUGCGGGCAGGGCGUGUGGUCGACUUUCUCGUCUACUCAGAUGGGGAUGGCCUGGGCGCAGAAGAUGUGCGUGCCCUUUCUCCGCUGCGGGUGACGCUGACCCACGCCGAGGCCCGCGCGCUCUUGAAGGGCCGACCAGAGCGGUCAGAGUACCUCACAGACUCCGAGCAGUACCCGAAUUUGAUGCGGGACUUAGGUGUCCUGGUGAGAAAAUACUCCUGGCCUCUGCCCUUUGUUACCCUGGAGCUCUGGGGGCACAUGGAGGAUGUAGCAGCAGCGGCUCUGGAGUACUGCAGCUCCGCAGGUGGGGCAGAGCACCGGCGGCUGCAACUCCUGCUGCCCGAGGACAAGAUUGCCCAGGUUGAGGAUUUGCCCGGGAACCCGAAGGUUUCCACCCACACGGUGGUGCAGACGCCGGUGCCCUGCAGAAGCCUCGUGAUGGAAUCCUCUGCCGAGGACUGUCGCAAGGCCGUGGUGGCCUUCUUGCGUGCCAUGGAGGGAAGGCCCUAG